GGGUCCCGGAGCGGUGAUGGCCCUGGGCGGCGGGCGCUGGCUGCGUGGUGUCUGGGUCUCGGUGCGGCCGCUGUUCCGGGGCCGCGCGCUGCUCUUCACCAACACGUUGGGCUGCGGCGUGCUCAUGGCGGCGGGGGACGGGGCGCGCCAGGCCUGGGAGAUCCGCGCCCGGCCGGGCCAGAAGUUCAACCCGCGGCGAUCCGCUAGCAUGUUCGCGGUGGGCUGCAGCAUGGGACCCUUUCUGCACUUCUGGUACCUGUGGCUGGACCGCUUCUUGCCCGCGUCGGGCGUCCGAGACCUCCCAAACGUCUUGAAGAAGGUCCUUGUGGACCAACUGGUAGCAUCCCCCAUUCUGGGCGGCUGGUACUUCUUGGGACUUGGCUGCCUGGAGGGCCAGACUCUGGACGAGAGUUGCCAGGAGCUACGAGACAAGUUCUGGGAAUUCUACAAGGUUGACUGGUGUGUGUGGCCCGCGGCCCAGCUGGUGAACUUCCUCUUUGUGCCUUCGCAGUUCAGAGUCACCUACAUCAACGGACUGACACUGGGCUGGGACACUUACCUGUCCUACCUAAAGUACUGGAGCCCUGGUACUCUGCCAUCUUCCGGCUGCAGCUGCGUGGCCCUGGGCACGCGCACAGACUGACCUGUCAAACUCUGAAUGAAUGCCUUCAGAUAGAGCAAGGUGGACACAGCAGAAGAGGAGGGGCACACAGCAGGUCAGGUUUGGUGCCCCACCUGGGCUCCCAGACAUGGGGCCCAGCCAGUCCUUCCAAGCCAGCAUGGCUUCGGUUUCUCCAUCUGGAACACAGCAUCCACACUGACAGCUGUCCCCAGCACCUUCAGCCGGGAGCUUGUAACCAAGAUAUUUCACUAUUUUACCCACAGCCAAGGCCCUGCCCUGGGCCAAGCAGCCAUCCUGGGGACCCAGGGACCAAAGCAAGGUCUUUACCCUAAGAGUGGUGUCUGGCCUGGAGUCAGUUUCUGAAACAUUAAGGCAAGGCCUAAGAACUGUAGCACUGUGGAAAUUCCAUUAAACUUUGUGCAAUUG